CUGUACGUAUUGCUUCAAUGCAAAAUCUCUAUCUACAGCAAAUUUACACAUGUUUCUAUCCCGUUACAUAGCUCUCUUCCAGAAUCAUCAUAUUUAUAUCUCGUUCUAAGCUUUCAAGCACUCCAUAGUAUCAGUAUUUCGUUUGAAGAUGAACUGGACCGGUGGACGCCUUUCGAGGCAUUCUCGCAGAGCUGAUAGCUCAACUACAAGCAAGCAGAAACAGCACUUUGCAAAGAUGCGCAGCCAUUUGAUGAGUGGCUCUAUGAAGAAAGAUUCAGCCAAACGUCCGAACUUUGACAUGGCAGGUCCGCGACCUCCAGAUGGGUUGCUUGUUAGAGAUGGAACCGUUAGAACCCAGCUACAGCAGCCAUUGGUACCCCUCAACCAUGACCUACAUAGUGACCAUGGUUCAUAUGUCGAAAACAUGCAUUCAGGCCGUGCAGACAACAGUCGCCAUGGACAACUGGGUUAUCCAGGCUCGAACAAGGUGUCCCAGAGUUCAACUCACAGCUACGAAACGAAACCAAAGCCGAUUAGCAAUACGGAGCCCGUCGAUGGGGACUAUGAAGAGCAAGAUGACAUGGAAGCAAUACGACGGAAACGGUUUCGGAUUCUUCGCGAGGGUGACUGGCUAGGACUGAGCAUACAACGUCCUCUUCAACUCAAGUAUAUGGAAUCAGAAAGCCGGGAUGCGAUUGGUAAACGGAGAAAAUUGAAUGCUGGCUACGGAGCACAAUAUUCAAGAGUCCAGGACAAGAUUACCUCUCCGUUUGCAUUUAAUCGCCAUAUUCCAAGCAGAGAGAUAUUCCCGAACCAUGGUGAGAACCAGCCGCAAUCAAUGCAAUACGGACAGACCUCAGGUGCAAAGGGAAGCGUCAGAAUAUUUAUAGACGGCCGAGAAAGACAUGUCAGAGAAAGUUCGGGUAGUGUCAUCAACCAGCCACAUCCUGAGUAUGUUCAAUCAUCAGCGUCGUCGGAUGUGAUGCUGCUUGAUUUAGAGGGUGGUGGAUCGAUACCAAGACUGCCGCAUCGACUAAGUUCAGACAUGGUGAACGACAGUGGGUACAUUCCAGAACCCGCAACACACGGUCGACAGGGCUUUGAAGAGAAGUCCAUAUCAUCAAUUGGUGACUACCCAAGCUCAGGACCUCGGAUUCACCAAAUAAGAAGGCUAAAUCGAAAUAUGUAUGCCCCUGGUCCACAACAGCAGAGCAGCCCGAUAUUUGCAACUGAUCGCACAAAAACCAACUGGUUAGGCGCUUCGCCAGUUAUCUACCACCCAACCCCGAAAAGCUCAACGACCUCGCGACUCUUGCGAAGUAAUUCAUCGGUAUUUGAGGGUAGCAUUGCUGCUACGGCGGGAAGGAAAGGCACAGUUGCCGCUUCAGUUGCCCGAGAUGAAGAGAUGUGGAGGAGUUGGCUAGUUGCAGAGAGUGACGAACAACAAUCUCCUGCUUGGCCUGUGGACGACGAAAGCGAUCAACUUGCGCCUGAUAUUCCUAGUACCAGCUACAACACCACACAAAUUAGAUCGCCUGGAUUGUCGGAUGCCGAUCCAAGUACCCUAAAUGAUGAAUCUAGUCACGAUAGGAAGCUCAUACCCUCGAUUCCGAACUCUACAUCAUCAGUCACUGGGUCUCCCGAUGAUAAGGAUCGUGGAAAUAAUAAUACAAAGCUGAGUUUUGGAACGGUCGGGACGUCGAAGCCUCGCGGACGAGCAGCCGACGAUAUCCAACCGCCUAGUGUCUCCCCAAAAAGGCAACCGAAGGAAGAAAACCAGGACACUACAUGGGAAAAGUUUGUACUCGCCGGGUCUAGUGAAAACCUGGCAGAUUUCCCUGUCGAACCUCCCAAAAGAGCAGCCCAAGAAGACCCAGACGCGGCAUGGAAGAAGUUCGUGCUGUCAAGCGACUCCGAUGAUGAAAGUGCUGCUUCUAGCACUGAAAAUGAAGCAGAAUCAAGGACGAGUGCCUCUCAGAAGCGGAUGCGGAAGUCAUCGUUGAAGACAUCGUUGCAGGUCCAUUCCGCAAAGACAGUGGUCCACUCAGAGCCACAGCUUGACCACAGCAGUGACAUGUCCUCUGGUAGAGUGAUCUACAACCCAUCGACAUAUCUUGCGCCUUCUAGGUCCAACGGCAGCGAGGGAAAUGCGAGAUUUUCGGGAACCUCAGUGUAUAGAGAUGGCUCAGAAGGUGAAGCCAGUCAAGCAUCCAGAUACUUUCCACAAGCAACCACCGAACUCUCCCAAAGGAUCGUCAAUAAGCAGCGAAGUUUGGUGGAUCCUCUCGCACGAUACAUGCCUCGACAACCGGAGUCAGAGCGCGGCAUUGUCAUGGCUAAGGAAGCACAACUCCCAGUGCGAAACGAGUCUUUUGAUCGUGGACUGGAUGACUCUUUGAAGCAGGCGUUGCAUCUUGGACGGAGAUAUGCGAAGCAGGAAAAUGAGCGAUACGUGAAGCAGGGAAAGGAAGAAUAUGUGCAUCAGGAAAGGGGGAGAUAUGCGAAGCAGAAAAAGGAGAGCAAUGAGAAGAGGAAACGGAAGGAGAUCAGGGAUAUUUAUGAUAUUCCGAUAUCUGAUGAUACUGAGGUGGAUGACAAGUAAGGCUCUCGUCACUUGUACUUACGAGUCGGGGCUCGAUACGAUUUGCAUUUAUGUUGCUGUCACAUAGAGCUGUUACGGUAGAG